AUGGCCGCUACAACGGCAAAUGAUGGAUCAAAUAGUCAAAUGAAUAAUACACCUAAACAUGAUAAUAAUGGAGUUAAAAAAAAGAAUCAAACACCAAAAGAAUCAUUAACAUCAUCACGUAAAUCAAUGAAUAUGAGUGAUGUCUAUAGUGCUGAUUCGCCUAAAUCUGAAAAACGAAAACAAUCAUCAACAAUUCCAAUAGAUGAUAAUGAUACAUUACCAAAAAAUAAAAAACGAAAAACACUUAAUGCACGAAAUGAAUCGGAUAAUGAAGAUGAUGAUGAACCAGAACUUAAAGUUAGCAAAAGUCAAAAUCGAAAACGUAUUGCUAUUCUUGAUAGUGAUGAUGAAGCAUUAGAGAAUGAUCGUAUGGAUGUUGAUGUUACACCAUCAAAUAAAAAAACAAAUAAAAAUGAUACAAAAACAAAAGGUAAUAAUUCAACUCGAACAUCAAGAAAGAAAAAAACUGAAGAAAGUGAAGAUGAAACAACAUUAUACAAUGAUGGUUCAGCAGAUGAAAAUGAUGAAAGUGAAGUUGAAGAAUAUGAAGAUGAUGAUGAAGAUCAAACGAAAACACCAAAACGUCGAACAACAACUUUAAAUAGAGAAAAAAAAACAGUUAAACGUGGUAAUGAUAGUAAUUUUACACAUCUUUCUUUGGAAUUUCUCAAAGAUGGAAAACGACGUGAUGCUAAUCGUCGUCUUCAUACUGAUCCAAACUAUGAUCCACGUACAUUAUAUGUUCCAGAAGAUUAUCUUAAUACUCUUACAGCUGCAGUGCGUCAAUGGUGGACAUUUAAAACUGAAUAUUUCGAUACAAUUCUUUUUUUUAAAGUUGGAAAAUUCUAUGAACUUUAUAAUAUGGAUGCUGUUAUUUGUGCACCAGAAUUAAAUUUAACAAUGAUGAAAGGUGAUAUGGCUCAUUGUGGUUUUCCUGAAAAAGCAUAUAGUAAAUUUGCUGAUAUACUUGUUACAAAAGGUUAUAAAGUAGCACGAGUCGAACAAACUGAAACACCAAAUAUGAUGAAAGAACGUCUUGAACAACAAGCAGGACGAAAAAAUAAAUUUGAUAAAGCAGUACGUCGAGAAAUUUGUCAGAUAACAACACCCGGUACAAAAACAUUUAAUACGUUAGAUAAUGAUAAUGUAUUUCGUGAAAGUUUAUAUUUAUUAUGUAUUGUUGAAAUACCAAUUAAUGAUAAUAAAAUAACACCAUGUGAAUUCGGUAUAUGUUUUGUUGAUACAACUAUUGCACAAUUUUAUAUUGGUCAAUUUGAAGAUGAUCGAUAUUUAUCACGUUUACAAACUUUACUUGCUCAAUAUCCACCAGUACAAAUUUUAUGUGAAAAAAAUAAAUUAUCAGAAAAAACAAAAAAAGUUUUAACAUUAACUCAUGCUAAAAUGGAAUAUUUAAUAGCAAAUAAAGAAAUGUAUGAAACAACAAAAACACUUGAUAUUCUUCGUGAUGAUACAUAUUUCAAAGAUGAAAAAGGAAAUCUUAAAUGGCCAGAUGCUUUUCAACAUGUUUUUAAUGAAGGUGAUGAACAAGGUUUACAUGUUCGUUCAAAUUUUCAAUUAUCAAUGCGAGCAUUAGGUGGUAUUAUUUGGUAUUUACAACAUUGUCUUGUUGAUAAAGAACUUGUAUCAAUGCGUAAAUUUUCAAUAUUUCAACCACCUGAUGAAAAUAUUGAACUUAAAGAAGUAUCAACAUUUAAACAACAAAAUAUGAUACUUGAUGCAACAACAUUAUAUAAUUUAGAAAUUUUAUCAAAUAGUCGUGGUGGAAAAGAAGGUUCAUUAUUAUAUACAUGUGAUCGUUGUUCAACUCAUUUUGGUAAACGUCUUUUGGCUCGAUGGCUUUCAGCACCAUUAUGUAAUGUUAAUGAAAUUAAUGAACGAUUAAAUGCUAUUGAUAUUUUAAGACAAAAAACUGAUCUAUGUACUAAAGUUCGUGAUAAACUUAAAACUAUUCCUGAUCUUGAACGACUUUUUUGCCGUAUUCAUUCACUUGGUCAUCGUCCACUUGAUACUGAUCAUCCAGAAAAUCGUGCAAUACUUUAUGAAGAUAUAACUUAUAGUAAACGUAAAAUUCAAGAUUUCUUAGCUGCAUUAUCUGGUUUAAAAGUAGCUAAUGAAAUAGUACAAUUAUUUUCAAAAUAUAAUGAUCUUUCAUUAUCAUCAUUAUUACUUAAUACUAUAAUAUAUCAAAAUAAUGAAAAUAAAAAUAAAAAUUUUCCUUAUCUUGAUGAUAUACUUGAUUAUUAUACAAAUGCAUUUUCACAUCAACAAGCACGUAAUGAAGGGAAAAUAAUUCCAACAAUUGGUGUUUGUAAACAAUAUGAUGAUGCAUUAAAUGAAAUACGUGAAAAUGAAAAAAAUUUAAAUGAUUAUUUAAAUAAACAAAAAAAAAUUUUAAAAAAUCAUGAUAUUAAAUAUAUACAUGUACAAAAAACACGUUAUGCUAUGGAAAUACCAGAAAGUGCUUGUCGAAAUUUAGAUGAUGAUUAUGAAUUAAUGAGUUCACGAAAAGGUUUUAAACGAUAUUAUACCAGUGAAUUACGUGAAUUAAUUGAAGAAUUAAAUGAAAGUGAAAAAAAGAAAGAAUUAGCAUUAAAAGAUACAACAAGUAGUUUAUUUCGUCAUUUUGAUAGUCAUCAUGAUAUAUUUCAACGUGUACUUAAUUGUUUAAGUACACUCGAUAUAUUACUUAGUUUUACAGUUUAUAGUCAAUCAUAUUCAGAUAUGUGUAGACCUAUUAUAAUUCAAACAGAAGAUGAUCAACAACCAUUUAUUAAUAUUCAUGAUGGUAAACAUCCAUGUAUGCUUGAAAAAGAAACAAAUACAUUUAUUCCAAAUAAUAUUAUUCUUGCCGAUAAGUCAUCAACUGAAGUAUGGCAAACAAAACCAUUAGUACUUGUAACAGGUCCAAAUAUGGGUGGUAAAUCAACAUUAAUGAGACAAACAGCUGUACUUGCUAUUUUAGCACAUAUUGGAAGUUAUGUACCAGCAACAUCAUGUACAAUGAGUGUAUGUGAUCGAAUAUUUACACGUUUAGGUGCUAGUGAUCGAAUUAUGGCUGGUGAAUCAACAUUUUUUGUUGAAUUAAGUGAAGCAUCAUCAAUUUUACGUCAUGCAUCUCGUCAUUCUUUAGUACUUAUUGAUGAACUUGGACGAGGAACAUCAACAUUUGAUGGUACAGCUAUUGCUUGUUCGGUUGUUAAUGAUCUUGCCAAUCGUAUUAAAUGUCGAACAUUAUUUAGUACACAUUAUCAUACAUUAGUUGAUGAUUUUGAAAAACAUGAAAAUGUUGGUUUAGGACAUAUGUCAUGUAUGAUUGAAAAUGAUGAAGAAACAUUAUCAAAACAAACACUUGUUUUUCUUUAUAAAUUUGUCGAAGGUUCAUGUCCAAAAAGUCAUGGAUUUAAUGCAGCUCGUUUGGCUAAUAUACCUGAAUCAAUUGUUGAAUUAGCACAAACAAAAGCUUCAGCAUUCGAACGAUGGGUAACACUUAAACGAAUAUUAUUAACAUUAAAAAAAGUAACUGAUAAUUUUCAACAACAAGAUAUUCUCGAAUUCUUAUCACAAUUAAAACUUAAUUAA